AUGGUCAGAGUCGCUCCCCUCAAAAUCACUGAUGGCUCAACCUCCAAUGUUACCAAGGAUAAUAGUCCUCUUGCCCCGACGACUAAAGGCAUACUCUCCUUAGCCUCUCCCAUAGAUUACCUGCUUUUGGCAAUUGGAUCUCUAGCAUCAUUUAUACAUGGAGCAGGAUUCUCUAUAUUGGGUAUCGUGCUGGGUGGAAUGACUACAGUAUUCCUUCGUGCACAAAAUUCUGACUUCGUCUUAGGGGAGAAUCAAAGUGAUCCAACGGGAUUGGAACCGAUUACAAGGGAAGAAUUUAAUAAGCAAGUAAAGACGUACUGUUUAUAUUACCUUGGGUUAGGUAUAGCAAUGUUUUUAACCUCUUAUAUCCAGAUUGCCUGCUUUGAAAGUUAUGCGGAAAAAAUUGUACACAAACUCCGCCAAAUCUACUUGAAAGCCAUCCUCAGACAAGAAGUCUCUUGGUUCGAUGAAUUACAAACUGGAAAUCUGACCGCUAGACUAACCGAGUAUGUUCCAGAAAUUGGCCUUGGCGAUAAGCUUUCGCUAUUUAUCCAGAUGGUUUCGGCUUUUGUGGCUGGUUUUGGUGUGGGAUUUGCGUUCAGCUGGUCGAUGACGUUAGUGAUGAUGGCUGUCGCACCAUUAAUCGUAAUAUCUGCAUAUUGGAUGGCAAGAAUUGUGGCUACAAGGACUCAAGUUGAGCAGGAGAUCUAUGCUGUUUCCGGGGCCAUAGCGGAAGAAACAUUCUCAUCUAUGCGUACUGUACAUGCGCUAUGCGGGCAUAAGAGAGAACUGAAUAGGUAAAG